AUGCCUGCCGGAGGAUUUGCGCCGGCGACUGCCGGAGGAGUGGAGUUUGAGGCGAAGAUAACGCCGAUUGUUAUCCUUUCUUGCAUAAUGGCUGCUACUGGUGGCCUCAUGUUUGGCUAUGACGUUGGUGUUUCAGGUGGUGUUACGUCAAUGCCCGAUUUCUUGGAAAAGUUCUUCCCAGAAGUUUACGGGAAAACUCUGGAUCCCACUCUUAACAGCAAUUACUGCAAGUACGAUAAUCAGGACUUGCAAUUGUUCACAUCAUCACUCUACUUGGCUGGCUUGAUAGCAACUUUCUUUGCAUCUUGGACCACUAGAAGGCUAGGCAGGAAGCCAAGCAUGUUGAUUGCUGGGUUUUUCUUUAUAUUUGGUGUGGUACUUAACGCUGCUGCUCAAGACCUUGCCAUGCUCAUCAUUGGCAGGAUUUUACUUGGCUGUGGAGUUGGUUUUGCUAAUCAGGCUGUGCCACUAUUUUUAUCCGAGAUAGCACCCACAAGAAUUCGUGGAGGAUUAAACAUACUCUUCCAGCUUAAUGUGACAAUUGGCAUUCUUUUUGCUAACCUUGUCAAUUAUGGGACUGCAAAAAUUAAAGGAGGAUGGGGUUGGAGAGUCUCAUUGGGCCUGGCUGGUAUUCCGGCAUUUCUCUUAACAGCAGGGGCUCUCCUGGUGUUAGAAACCCCUAACAGCCUUAUUGAGCGUGGCCGCCUAGAAGAAGGAAAAUCUGUACUCAGAAAGAUUCGUGGGACAGAUAAGAUUGAACCAGAGUUCUUGGAGCUUGUUGAAGCAAGCCGACUUGCACAAGAAGUAAAGCAUCCUUUCAGAAAUCUCCUCAAGAGGAGGAAUUGGCCCCAACUAGCCAUAACAAUAGCGUUGCAGAUCUUCCAGCAGUUCACAGGGAUCAAUGCAAUCAUGUUUUAUGCACCGGUCCUAUUUAACACGGUGGGAUUCGGCAGUGAUGCUGCCCUUUAUUCAUCUGUUAUAAUUGGGGCUGUCAACGUUGUUUCCACCUGUGUCUCCAUCUACUCAGUGGACAAAGUAGGUCGCAGGAUGCUCUUAUUGGAAGCUGGUGUCCAAAUGUUCUUCUCGCAAGUGGUAAUAGCAAUAAUACUGGGAAUUAAGGUUAAAGACCACUCUAAUGACCUUCAUCGUGGUUUUGGAAUUCUAGUAGUUGUUAUGGUGUGCACAUUUGUUUCUGCCUUUGCCUGGUCUUGGGGACCUCUAGGAUGGCUAAUCCCCAGUGAAACUUUUCCAUUGGAGACACGCUCAGCUGGUCAAAGUGUCACUGUAUGUGUCAACUUGAUCUUCACCUUUGUUAUGGCACAGGCCUUCCUCUCCAUGCUCUGCACUUUGAAGUUUGGCAUCUUCUUGUUCUUCUGUGGCUGGGUGUUUAUCAUGUCAGUAUUUGUGGUAUUUCUGCUGCCAGAGACAAAAAAUAUACCCAUUGAAGAGAUGACUGAGAGAGUGUGGAAGAAACACUGGUUCUGGAAGAGAUUCAUGGACUACGAUGGGGAGUUUGCAGAACCUGAAACUAAAGGUGACAACUCACUGAAAAAUGGGUAUACUUAUGGACUAGAUCCUGCUUCCCAGUUGUAA